AUAUAUUUCAUAAAACUUUGAGAAGCGUUCAAUACAGUUUACAUUCAAGCAGCCCUUGUCUCUUGGUUUCCAUUUUUCACCUUAUCUAUUACACUUCACCUAAACUUUAGCAAUCUUUACCUGUGAAAGACAUGGAGGAGAUCAACGAGGUGCUUAAAUCAGGGAAGACAUGCUACAUUGUAGCAGUGCCAUUUCCAGGAAGAGGACUUAUUAACCCGAUGAUGAAUUUCUGUAAGGAUUUAGCUCAUAAAUUAGACGAUAAGGUUAAAAUUACUUUCGUAGUCACCGAAGAGUGGUUCCGCAUCCUUGAAUCAGCUUCGAUGCUGUCUCAAAUUCAUCUCCGAUCGAUUCCCAAUGUGAUUCCUUCUGAAUUUGUCAGGUCAUCAACAUUAGACUUUGACAGCUUCCUAGAAAUCGUACUUGCAAAGAUGGAAGCUCCAUUCAAGCACGUUCUGAACACAUCUGAUCCAGCAACCGUUAUUAAUUUCUAUUGGAAAUAAAAGAAAUAUUCCAGUGGUUUCGUUCUGGUCAUCGACAUCUUUUGUGUUCUCCGUGAUGUAUCAUGCUGACAUUCUAACUAAGAAUGGGUAUAGCCUUGCGAACUUAUCAGAUUGCUGUGAUGAGGUGAUAGAUUACAUUCCUGGAAUUUCGCCAACACGACUAGCAGACAUGCCAUUGCUGCCCAGUGGAAAUGAUCCCAAUUUCAACCCAACAAUAGCAGCCUUCAAUAUGUUAGAAAAAGUCCAGUCUCUUCUUAUUGUUUCCUUUUAUGAGCUUGAACCUCAAGUCACCGACACUUUAAAGGCAAUAUUUCCCUUCCCAAUUUACACAGUUGGCCCUUCCAUAUCUAACAUCUCCACUGCCAUUGAGCAACAUCAUCACAUUGAUGGUAAAAAAACAGAAUUAAACACAGUUAAGUAUGUAAACCCCAAGGAACCUGAUUACAUAGAAUGGCUAGACUCCCAGCCUGUAGGAUCUGUCUUGUACAUUGCAUUUGGUAGUACCGUUCCAAUACCGGGGGUACAUGUGGAGGAGAUCAUGGCCGGGUUACAUAAAAGUGGGGUUCGAUAUCUGUUGGUUUCAUGCGGUGUGCAUGAAGGUGGUGAGGAUGACAAGAUGGGUACUAAUAGUCGAAGAUUAAUAGUUCCAUGGUCUGAUCAGUUGAGGGUACUUUGUCAUUCUUCAAUUGGAGGAUUUUUGACCCAUUGUGGGUGGAAUUCGACAAUGGAAUCUUUAUAUGCAGGUGUACCCAUGCUUACAUUUCCAAUAUUUUUGAUCAAAUUCCCAACAGAAAACUCAUUGUGGAUGAUUUGAAAGUUGGAAUGGAAGUCACAAAGGAAUUUGGAGAAAAAGCAGUGGUCAAAAGGGAUGAAGUUGCAAAGAUAGUGAAUAAGUUCAUGGACAUAAAUGAAGAUCAAGCAGAAGAAGAUGCAAACAAUGAAGCUAAGGAGAUGAGAAGAAGAUCAAGUGAACUCAAGGAUAUGUGUAUAAGAGCACUGGCCAAAGGUGGUUCAUACGACACCAACCUGGACGCUUUUAUCAAAGACAUCCUACAUGUCCAUGAUAAUUAAUAACGUUAUUAGUCAUCUAUGUGCUGCGACUUGAACAAGUAGUGACU